AUCUCCAACAACAACGUUUUCCCUCCGACCACCGAAUUCUCCCGCCGCCGGCAGCCAUGUCAGGAAUCGUCGUGAUUUUCGAUUUCGACAAGACGAUAAUUGACAUAGACAGCGAUAAUUGGGUUGUGGAUGAGUUAGGUGCUACUGAUCUGUUCAACCAGCUUCUCCCGACCAUGCCUUGGAACUCUCUCAUGGACAGGAUGAUGGAGGAAUUGCAUUUACAAGGUACGACAAUGGCCGAUAUCGAACAAGUACUAAAUCGUGUCCCUAUACAUCCUCGGAUUGUUCCCGCCGUUAAAGCUGCGUAUGCUUUAGGAUGCGAUCUGCGAGUAGUAAGCGAUGCGAAUGUGUUCUACAUAGAAACUAUAUUGAAACACCUUGGGAUACGAGAAUGUUUCUCGGAGAUCAACACUAAUCCAGGUUUUGUGGACGACAAUGGCAAGUUAAGGAUCUUGCCGUACCAUGAUUUCCAUAAAUCCCACCAUGGUUGCAACCUCUGUCCUCCCAACAUGUGCAAGGGUAAAGUAAUCGAACGAAUUCAAGCCUCGUUAGAAGGAAACAAACGGAUCGUGUAUUUGGGCGAUGGCGCCGGCGACUUUUGCCCGAGUUUGAAGCUUCUAGAAGGAGAUUACAUGAUGCCGAGAAAAGAUUUUCCGGUUUGGGAAUUGAUAUGCAAAACCCGACAUAUGGUUAAGGCGGACGUCCGUGAAUGGACAGAUGGGGAAGACUUGGAACGAGUCCUCCUCACCAUAAUCGCCAUGGAAGACACGAAGAACAACGUUGAUAACACGAAUCAAUUGUUUGAUUGCAAAUUCGAGACGAUCGCUCUAGAAGCGUUGCCUAAACCGCUUUACGUUCCUCACUGAUCGAUGAUAACUCGUAUAUUUCCACUCUAUUCUAAGUUUAUCAAUUUAAACUGUAGUUAGAGGUGUUUGGUUAGAGGUAAACGGUGGGAUUGAUUAUAAAAAAAAA